UCCGGUGAUAUUAUCUAUGUGCAUGGAAAUGUUUUGGAUGAUGGCUAUUUUAUGGGUGAAAUGAACGGUGUUCAAGGUUUGGUACCAUCAAACUUUUUACAAGAAGUAACCAACGAUUCACCAUCAAUAUCACAACAACAAGACGAUAUAAAGACAAAUGACGUAAAGCGGUCAUCAUCAAGUAUAAGCAGUGAUGAUCAAUCAAUAAUAUCAUCUGUAUCAUCAACGUUAUUGAAGAAAAAAAAACAGACGAUUACUGAUGAUUCGAAACCACUGAAGAAAAAAGAUUCGGUUAAUUUAGAUACAAAUGUAUUAUCAGCAACAACAGCUGUAAAACCGGCUGAGAAUGAAAAUGAAUUAACAACAACAGAAAAAACAUUAGUCGUAAAAUCUUCUUCAGAUGAAAAAACCGAUGAAAAAGCCGAUGCGAAAGCCAAUGAAAAACCCAAUGAAAAUCCAGUGCCAGUAAAAAGUUUUUUUGAUCGUUUCGUUGAUACAUUUACAUGGAAUAAAUCAGAACCAAUCUAA